AUGGCUGCCACUCCCAUCAACCAGAGUGCUCAUUUCCUGCACCACAACACCACUCCUCCAGCCCACCCAAGCCUUCUGGGGUUGUUCUCCCUGAAGGGUAAAACCGCCAUUGUCACCGGUGCCGGUGCCGGUAUUGGUCUUGCUGUUUCGGAGGGUCUGGCGGAGGCCGGUGCUAAUGUCGCCAUGUUGUAUAACACCAACACAAAGUGUCCCGAGCGGGCCGCCGAGGUGGCAUCCAAGUACGGUGUUCAAACCAAGGCGUAUCAGCUUGACAUCACCGACGCCCAGGCCGUUCAGCGGGUCGUCGAUCAAGUUGUGAAGGAUUUCAACGGCCGACUGGAUGUCUUCAUCGCCAACGCCGGUAUCCCCUGGACCAAGGGUCCCAUGGUGGACGGCCCGCUCGACCACUACUCCAGCGUUGUUGACAUUGAUUUCAAUGGUACUUUCUAUUGUGCAAAAGCAGCCGCGGCGCAUUGGAGGAGACAGAAGGAGGAGGGAACCGACUUGAACGGCAACAAGUUGACCAACUUCACCUACGGUAGCUUUGUCGCUACAGCCUCCAUGAGCGGACAUAUAGUGAACUUCCCCCAGAUGCAGGCCGCUUACAACGCCGCCAAGGCGGCCGUAAUCCACCUCUGCAAAUCCCUCGCUGUCGAGUGGGUCAAGUUUGCCCGCGCCAACACCAUCUCCCCCGGUUAUAUUGCUACGGAAAUCUCAAACUUUGUCCCCAAGGAGACCAAGGACCUCUGGCGGGACAAGAUCCCCAUGGGUCGCGAAGGUCGUCCUGAGGAGCUGAAGGGAGCCUAUCUUUACCUGGCUUCAGAUGCAUCCACCUACACCACGGGAGCCGAUAUCGUGGUCGACGGUGGAUACUGUGCUCCCUAA